AUGACGGCCUACAGCGGCCAAACCCCGGACAACGCUGGGGCCAAUUAUGUCCCAAAGUUGUUGUCAGAGGAAGAGGAAGCUAAGCGGAUUGCAGAGAUGGGGAAACCAUCUCUGGGGGAACACUCCAAAAUGGAGGUUUUCAUCGAGGAGUCCUAUGAGUUCAAGGAGGAACUUCCUGAUGCAAUUAAAGACUUUAAGUCCAGGAAAACUCCAGGGCUGGAUGGCAGACCAGUGGAGGAAUACCAGACUCCAGGGCUGGAUGGCAGACCAGUGGAGGAAUACCAGACUCCAGGGCUGGAUGGCAGACCAGUGGAGGAAUACCAGACUCCAGGGCUGGAUGGCAGACCAGUGGAGGAAUACCAGACUCCAGGGCUGGAUGGCAGACCAGUGGAGGAAUACCAGACUCCAGGGCUGGAUGGCAGACCAGUGGAGGAAUACCAGACUCCAGGGCUGGAUGGCAGACCAGUGGAGGAAUACCAGACUCCAGGGCUGGAUGGCAGACCAGUGGAGGAAUACCAGACUCCAGGGCUGGAUGGCAGACCAGUGGAGGAAUACCAGACUCCAGGGCUGGAUGGCAGACCAGUGGAGGAAUACCAGACUCCAGGGCUGGAUGGCAUACCAGUGGAGGAAUACCAGACUCUAGGGCUGGAUGGCAUACCAAAUACGGUGGAUAAGCUGAUAAAGAAGACCAACCUGGCUCUGGUGGUGGGCACCAACUCCUGGAGACAACAGUUCAUGGAGGCCAUCACAGUCAGUGCAGGAGACGAGGAUGAGGAAGACUCCGGUGAAGAGCGUCUCCCGUCUUGUUGUGACUACGUCAUGCACUUCCUCACCGUCUUCUGGAAGGUGCUGUUCGCCUGUGUUCCUCCCACGGAUUACCUGAACGGCUGGGCCUGCUUCUUCAUCUCCAUCGUCAUCAUCGGCAUGCUGACCGCAGUGAUCGGAGAUCUGGCCUCUCACUUUGGCUGCACCAUCGGGCUGAAGGACUCCGUCACUGCCAUGGUGUUCGUGGCGCUGGGUACGUCUGUCCCUGACACAUUUGCCAGUAAGGUAGCGGCGGUGCAGGACACAUAUGCAGACGCCUCCAUCGGUAAUGUGACGGGCAGCAACGCGGUCAACGUGUUCCUGGGCAUCGGGGUGGCGUGGUCGAUAGCCGCCAUCUACUGGCACAUGCAGGGCAAGCAGUUUGUGGUGGAGGCCGGCUCGCUGGCCUUCUCCGUCACCCUCUACACCAUCUUCGCCUUCCUGGGGGUCUCCGUGCUGCUGUACCGCCGCCGAGCUCACAUCGGGGGGGAGCUGGGUGGGCCACGCGGCCACAGACUGGCCACCUCAGCCUUCUUCUUCAGUCUCUGGUUCCUCUACAUCCUCUUCUCCAGCAUGGAGGCCUACUGUCAUAUAGAGGGCUUCUAGAACCUCCUGGAACACUUCUGGAACACUUCUAGAACACCUCUGAGACACUUCUAGAACACUUCUGAGACACUUCUAGAAUUCUUCUGAGACACUUCUAGAAUUCUUCUGAGACACUUCUAGAAUUCUUCUGAGACACUUCUAGAAUUCUUCUGAGACACUUCUAGAAUACUUCUGGGACACUUCUAGAAUACUUCUGGGACACUUCUAGAGCCUCCUUACAGGAGGUUCAAAGUAUAACUUAAUGGAGAGUAAAAGUAGGAUUCUCCGUGUGGAAUGAUGGAAUGAUAUUUUGUUGGUAUGAAGGGAUGAGAGGAGGAGAACAGUAUGAGGUAAAGGGAGUGGUGGCCCCCCUCUCCUCCGCCCCUCCACCUUCCCUCAACCCCACUCUAAGGACCCCCAGACAUAAUCAGUCAGAGGAGAUGUCUGUUAAGGCAGGGAGAGCCGGUCUGCUACCCACAUGGGUGUGCUUACAGCUGGGGUUAAGGUACCUCUAUACCGGGGUAAGAACACCAGAGGGUGUCUCAUCUGAUCUGGUCUGUAUUCCACUAGAAGAGACAAUAAGCUGAUGAGAUCUGAGCUAUCAGAAGAAGUCUAUAUUUUUCUCAACACCUUGAUGAGAACAACCUUUUCUAAACUAAGUAUUUUGGGGGAUAAAACCAAAAACACUUUUCUUUUUUACAAAAAAAGAGGAAAUCAAAGAUACUAUUUUCUAGAUCUGAGAACAAAACAUGUUAUAUAACUAAUGGAACAGAUAUUGUUGAUGAUGAAUGACAAUUGAAUGGUCAUAGUAUUUAGUAGUAUUUUAUUUGCUUAGUUUCUUAUUAAGGAACGAAUAAGAGGCAAGAAACACCAGAGUUGUCAGAGGCAAGAAACUAAAACAGGAAGCGCCCGUGGAGGAGGAGAAGGAGGAGAAGGAGGAGGAGGAGGAGGAGGAGAAGGAGGAGGAGGAACAACAGAGAACAAGUACAGACAGAUCAACUAUCAAACUAAAGACAGGAGGAGGAGGAGGAGCAAGAGGAGCAAGAGGAGGAGGAGGAGUGGAAGAAGAUGAGGAAGAAAUUGAAGGAUAACAUUAUCAGAGUGCCCUGAACAUUACUUCAGUACAUCUGUCUGUAUAUUUCCAUAUAUUCUGUAUAUUUCCAUAUAUUCUGUAUAUUUUGACUAUUUAUUUCAAUGUGGUCAUUCAGCUUCUUCAGUCCUACAGGGAC